AUGGAGCAAGCGGCACAGCAGCCAUCGCGCCCGCGCGGUCUCAGCUUCCACAGCAACAAGAGCAACAAGAGCCGCGAGACUCCCGCGUCUCCCAAAAGCCCGACCAAGCACCAGCGCAAAUACUCUGACCACUACGACCCAAACUCAAAGGCGAACCCCAACGCCGCCAUGAACGAACAGCAGCCCAUCGCCGAAGCCCUCACCAAGCCCACUCUCGCCUCUCUCCGCUCCUUCAACCAUACCGACUCAGCCGGUAAUCCCAUUGCCGAUCCCGAUCUCUCCAACCCCACGCGCUCGCGAUGGGAGCGACCACUCGACACGAUCCGCUCCUUCGAGGCUGCCAUUGAUGGCGAAUACAGACGCCGCGCGCAGUCAAUGCGCGCCGACCAGACCGACGUCAUGAGCUACGCGAGCCGACGGAGCAGCUACUACGGCGGCGGCGGCGGUGGUGGAUACAACGACCAGAACCGCUUCUCGUCCGUCAGCGGCUACUUUCCCCAAAGACAGACGCAGCGCGACAGCUAUGUCGACGGCUACGGCAACGGCGGGCCUGUUGGCGCACAGCCACAACGCAUGCGAUACGGCAACCGCAUGCAGUCCGACCCGGGCUGGAACAACAGACAGAGCGCCCAUGGUGGUGUCUACCCCAUGAACGGCUACCAACAGUCGCGCGACACCGUCAACACCAACGGCUCGAAUGGCAGCCACAGCGACGGCCCAUACUCCAACGACCACAGCAACAGCGAGAAUAGCUCCAUCGAACGCGGCAUGCCCGUGCAACCCCCACAACAGGACAUGGGUGCACAGUACGGAUUUAAUGGAUUCGGAAGGGGCCCCAUCAUGGAGGAGUACGCACAGGGGUCGGGUAACUACUCACAAGGACCACCGCAACCGCCCGCUCACGCCAUGCCACCACCGCCCCCGAGGCACUCCACCCAGGCAGCACCGAUUAAACUCGGUGGUGGUGGACCGCCCGCUACCGAGAACACAAGACCGGCUAUGCUUUCGAAGAAGAGCAGCGAUGCUGGCGAGAAGCGCAAGAGCUGGUUUAAGAGACGGUUCAGCAAAGACUAA